AUGACAACUGCAAGCGCGCGAGUCUACCCGAUGCUUGCAGACGAUCGCAAACUGACCGCUAAGCUUACAGUAGCAGACGAACAAGCCAUGGAUGGGGAGGAUGAAUGGACAAUUCUCCACGAGAGAUUCCCGUGGAAACGCUACAAAUCAGAGACUAUAGAGCAGAAAUACAUAAUAUUCAGGAAGGAGAAAAUGCUGUGUAUCUCAAAACACUUACCUUUAUCGUCUGUUAUAUUCGGAGGCAUUAUUUUUGCGCUCAGUAUUUUCCAUUUUGGAGAAGAGAAGGUACCGACUAUAUUAUCAACCUGCAUCUUUCUCCUGGUGAAUAUUGCCGUUCUUAGUCUGUACUGCGCUAAGGAAAUUCAGACUAACAUUUCGCACAUCGUUUCACAAUUUGUUAACAUUUUGCCCUUUUUCCUGUUAGUAUGUAUACAGAUUUUGGAUCUACGGGAUAUUUCGGUUACAAGUACCCGGAUGGAAUGGGUGGUGUUCUUGGUCUUUUUAGCGUUUGUCACCCUCCCUGUAAGAUACUGGGCUUGCUGUGGGUGGAUUUUCGUGUUGUUUCUCGGACACAUAUCAGCUAUUGUUUUCAAAUUGCUAAGAAGGGGAAUUUCCUCUACUGAACUUGUAUAUCAGAUAUCUUUGAAUGCAACGAUAUUUUUCUGUACCUGUGCAUUUGGAACCUACAUGUAUCAUCAAAUGGACAUGUAUCUUAGGAAUGCUUUCUAUGUGAUGAAGGACUCUUUCUUCACUAACAUUGCAAUAGAACGCACCCAAACCCUACAGAAAAAUCUGCUUUCCUCCACUUUGCCAAAAGCUGUUGUAGCAAAGAUAUCGCGAGAUUUCUCGGUAUACAGAUCGAAUUCCUUCCGCGAGCUAUGUCACAUGUGCCAUGAUGACGUCAGUAUGCUGUUUUGUAAUGUUGUGGGUAUAAGUGAUCUAGCCGAUAGAUCUCCCCAGUCCUGCCUAGCGCUAAUCAACGACCUGAUGGUACAGUGCACUGUCCUUGCAAAGAAGCAUUUUAUGGAGGAAGUCGGCUGGUCCCUAAAUGAGUAUAGUGUCGUCUGCGGUGCCAUGGAGACACGAGCGGACCACCCUAUACUGACUGUCUAUAUGGCUAUGGCUAUGUUAGAUUAUUUCAGGGAACUGAAGCAGAAAGUAAAAAUUCCUAAUGUACAUCUAAAGAUUGUCGUCCAUACUGGGGAUUUAAGUACAGCUGUCUUUGGGAUCCGUAAUUGGAAAUAUGACCUUCUUGGAAAUGAUGUCAUCAAAGCCAAAGCCUUAUUAAAGCAGACUCACAACGGACAGGUUCUUAUCUCCAGCGCUACCAGAUCAACUCUACAUGACGAAUUCAUCAUAGAGACCAUCUCAGAAUCAGCAUUCUCUGUCAAAUACGUCGUCAAACGGUUCAGUUCCUCUGAUUAUGAAAUGGGAAUCGCGGCUCGCAGAAUUCACAGAAAGCAACUAGAAGAGGACGUCCAAAAGCUCAGAGAUAGGAGCAUAAAAAUUCGUGAGUUAAAAAGGAAACGAUCAAGUAUACAGACUUUAUACCAGAACUCGAUUAAACACGUGUGUGACAGAAAAAAGGAACAUCUGAGUGUGGUCUAUAUCUGUCUUUGUGUUGGUUUCAUUCUCACAAACUUUUACAUCAACACCGUCAUCUCUCAUACUUCAUCGACAGACUUUAUAGUUCUAGCCAUAUCGGUACUGUUUCAACUGAGUUUUAUCCCCGUUAAUCUCCUCAUUGGUAGAAAAGAGGGUCAUAAGUCGAUUCUAACUUUAAUAUUUGGGCACUUGUUUUUGAUUGGAGUCGUUGCUUACUUCAGUUUUUCAACUGUGAUAUUAUUGGUAGAUUGUAAAACCAAAUUUUUAUCAUACAACGAUACAACGGUUCUCGCCUCUUCACCGCUCAAUGAUGACAUGUGUUCUUUCCAGUCCUUUCUCACAGUAGCAGCUAGUAUUCUGUUGGUCGCUUUCUCCACCUGUGGUGUGAUUGGACUGGCCAGCAAGCUUUGUUUUAUUACUACUAUUGCGACACUACACUAUCUAAUAAAUCUCACUGUCUUUCCUUCAUUUUCUAAGUGGUUUUUAGAUUAUCCCGGGUCAUCAGUGCCAAAUCACGAUAUGACGGUUCACUUUAGUGGAAUUUGCGUCUGUGUCCUCUUUCUUAACAUACAGAUCUCCAGUCUUUCCAGUGGGCUAGUGGCUUUAACCUUAAGAAAUAGACGAAAAAACCAACAGCUUUUAGACUGUAAACAGAAAUACAGAUUGCUGGUGCUAGAAUGCUUUCCAUUUGAAGUAGCGACCGCCUUUCUUAACUUUGUUGACCAUCAUAAGAGCGUGUUUGAGGGAACAUUUAAUGAUGUCGGUGUUGCGAUCCUUUCGAUGCCUUCUCAUGAAGAAACGCUAGAUUUGGACAAUGAAACAUCCGAGAUUGAUGACAAAAUAUUACAAAUUAUUGAAAAAAUAGAUAAGAUUCUGCUGGAGUUUUCGUACAGCAUGGUACAUCGGGUAGCCUCUUCUGUGACGUCACACACAUUUAUCAGUGGAGUGAGCUAUGGCGUCCAGGAUCAUCAAGAUGUGGAGGAUUACAGACAUCUAGAUCAAUUGAUGAGUUUUGUGAAUCAAGUUCAAAAGAUAUGCUCAGAAAUGAAUGUUGAAAAUAUGAGAGCAGGUGUACACUUUGGAUCCGCUUUGUCCAGUAUCGUAGGUGGAUCCAGAGCUCGUUGGGGUGUUUGGGGAACAACCGUAGAUAUUGCCAAUGGAAUUCACUCUACAUCAGGACCAAACGCAAUUAAGGUGUCAAAGGAGGCUACAGAUAUUUUGGAGACAUUUGGAUACAAUUUCGAAAACCCAGAGAGUUUAGAAGUUGCUGAUGUAUCUGUAACAGUUUUUACAUACAGAGAAUCUUCACCCACUUAAAAGUAUAAUGCUGUGUCGGAAAAUGCACAAUAAUGAUUGAAGUAUCGGUAAUAAACUUUGGUCAAUUUCUGGAAUACUUU